AUGCAUCCUUUCAGCUGUACUUCUACUGUAUCAGACAACUCCCCGACCGCGAAUCCCCUGCCCGAUCUUCCCAUGGCCAUCACCGCCAGAUCCGACCCGACGCCCCGAUCGCCCGCCGCAGCUCCGAACCACAUUCACUUGGCGGAUCAUCUUCAAAAUCAUCAUCAUCAUCUUCACCACCACCGUGCCACCGCCUCCAUAGAUUCGGUCAUCAGCAACGUCGGCAGAAACAGCCACAGGAUAUCUACCCUCGCCAAUUCGGCGUCGGGGAGGGAGCAGCCGGUGGAUGUCAAGAUCAACGACAUAGUAGGGAACGGGAUUUCCGGGAUUCUGUACAAGUGGGUGAACUACGGCAAAGGUUGGAGGCCGCGGUGGUUCGUUUUGCAGGACGGCGUGCUGUCCUAUUACAAGAUUCACGGGCCUGAUAAGAUCGCCGUCAAUCUGGAGACCGAGAAAGGAUGCAAAGUCAUUGGGGAAGAGUCCGUCAGGAGGAUUUCCAAGGCCGAGAAUGGAACCCCCAACCAGCAGAGGCGGAAUCCUGUUGGCGAAGUUCAUCUCAAGGUGUCCACGAUCCGAGAGAGUAGAUCGGAUGACAAGAGGUUCUCGAUAUUCACGGGGACUAAGCGGCUCCAUCUGAGAGCUGAGACGACGGAGGAUCGUUUGGCAUGGAUGGAGGCGUUGCAGGCGGUCAAAGACAUGUUCCCUAGGAUAUCUAACAGUGAAUUAAUGGCUCCCGUGGAAACCGUGGCUGUAUCCACGGAAAAGCUGAGGCGGAGGCUUGAAGAAGAGGGUGUUAGGGAAGAGGUGAUUCAGGAGAGUGAGCAGAUCAUGAUGAGUGAGUUCACAGCUUUGCAGAACCAGAUGCUUCUGUUGAAGCAGAAACAUUGGCAACUCAUUGAAACACUGCGGCAGUUAGAGACAGAAAAAGUUGAUUUGGAGAAUACGGUUGUUGAUGAGAGCCAAAGACAGAAUGAUCAAGGUACAUCAUCUAGGACAACUCAAGACAAGUUUAGUGAUGCCAGUGCAAGUGGAUCUGAUGAUGAUAAUGAAAGAGUAGGUGCUGCUGAGGAGGAAACAGAUGAUGAGGAGAAUACCUUUUUCGAUACUCGUGACUUUCUGUCAUCGUGUUCUUUCAAAAGCAAUGGAUCUGAUUACCGGACAUCUUCUUUCUCUUCAGAAGAUGAAGGACUGCGCGCUCUUGAGCCAGAUGAUGAGAUUGACUCUUCAAUUAAGUCUACUGGUCUUAAUUAUCCUCAUAUUAAGCGCCGUAAAAAGUUACCAGAUCCAAUUGAAAAGGAAAAAGGUGUCAGUCUUUGGUCAAUGAUUAAGGAUAACAUUGGGAAGGACCUCACAAAAGUCUGUCUACCUGUUUACUUCAAUGAGCCUCUCUCCUCUCUUCAGAAGUGUUUUGAAGAUCUGGAGUACUCUCACCUCAUUGACAGAGCUUGUGAAUGGGGAAGAAAGGGUAACAGUCUGAUGAGGAUUCUUAAUGUAGCUGCCUUCGCAGUUUCUGGAUAUGCCUCAACAGAAGGAAGAAUAUGCAAACCGUUUAAUCCACUGUUAGGUGAAACAUACGAGGCUGAUUUUCCUGAUAAAGGACUUCGUUUUUUCUCCGAGAAGGUCAGUCACCAUCCAAUGAUUGUAGCAUGUCACUGUGAGGGGACAGGAUGGAAGUUUUGGGGAGACAGCAAUUUGAAAAGCAAAUUUUGGGGUCGCUCUAUACAACUUGAUCCUGAGGGUCUUUUGACAUUGGAAUUUGAUGACGGAGAAGUUUUCCAAUGGUCUAAGGUUACAACGUCAAUAUACAAUCUGAUACUGGGGAAGCUAUACUGUGACCAUUACGGUACAAUGCGUAUAGAAGGAAACCGAGACUUUUCGUGUAAGCUGAAGUUUAAGGAGCAAUCUAUCAUAGACAGAAACCCUCACCAGGUACAAGGAGUAGUAGUGGAUAGGAGUGGGAAAACUGUAGCAACUCUAUUUGGGAAAUGGGACGAGAGCAUGCAUUAUGUUCUUGGUGGCGGCAAGGGCAAAGGGUUCGAGCCACUGGAAGAAGCUCAUACACUGUGGAGACGAAGCAGCCCACCAAAGAUCCCUACUAGAUAUAACUUGACCCGCUUCGCCAUAACAUUGAAUGAGCUCAUCCCAGGGCUCAAGGAGAAGUUGCCACCAACAGAUUCAAGGCUAAGGCCCGAUCAAAGGUACUUAGAAAAUGGGGAGUUCGAGAUGGCGAAUUCUGAGAAGUUGAGGCUGGAACAGCGCCAGCGCCAGGCACGGAAGAUGCAGGAGAGGGGUUGGAGACCGCGUUGGUUUGCCAAGGAAAAUGGAAGCGAUACAUACCGCUAUGGUGGUGGAUACUGGGAGGCGAGAGAGAAAGGGAGGUGGGACUCCUGUCCAGAUAUUUUCGGUCAAGUCCCCGCUGAUCAGCUUCUCCUUGACUAG